AUUAUUAAAAAGACUGCACACCAGAGGUGGUCUCGUAUUGAAAAUAUCAGUGUGUAACGUUAGCAGGGUUUUCUCUAAAUGCUCCAGCCCCUACAUUGAGGAAGAGCCAAGCUUUGGGAUUGGGCAGCGACCAGAUAGCGUAACACCCCCUCCUCCUCUCGGUUGAGAAUUGCGUUAAAACGAAAAGGAAAAGGCCUGCGCUUUAUCUAUACUACAGGAUAUUUUUUUAUUUUUACCCCUUAACGGUUAAACGAGGAAGCGUCGCUGGCUGGUGUAUGUGUUUAGAAUGGGACACGCUGAAGGUAUUGACAUUUUUUUGUGUUAUUAUCCCCCCUGCAUCUCUAUACUCGGCAUCAAAAUCUGUGCUGCUCCUUUGCUCUCCCUCUUUAGCGAUAAGCGUGUUUGCCAUAGCCGCGGUAGAUGCGUGUUGUCGAAGCCCCCUCCUCCUCUCGUUCCUGCACGGUUCCUUUUUCGGUCGUAGCUAGCUUCAUUUCAGCCACAUUUUUCCUCCAAAGCGCCCGUGAUGGAGGUAUAAUCAUGCUAGACAAUUUGAUUUAAAGGGGCAAAGGCAGCCAUAUUGGCAAAGGAAUGUUAGCCUGGCUAGCGUUAGCUUUCCCUUUCAUCUUCUUCUUCUUCCAUGUGUGAUGCUCGUUAACGGAUAUCUACUAAACGUUUGGUCGCGUGAGCCAAAAGACAAGCGGACAUGUCCUCGUGCGGUGUGUAUUAUCUAACAGUUCAAACGGUCCAUAUCUCUUUAGGACGUUUCCCUUUGAUGCCAGGUAGCUUAUUAAGCUAACAUCGCAGAAAGCUACAACAUCAUUGAGUGAAACAUUUUUUGUCUGCGCAGUCGAUAUUAAAAAAAUAACCACACAGUUAUCCUCUUUCUGAGCAUUAAAUGUUAAGCGUAACUGCUAUAUUUCAUUAAAAUAUCAAUAUGAGUCGAUGUAGGCAGCCAAGUGACCGUUAGUUGACACCUUUAUGGAUGUUUACAUCACCGUUAUCUACCUGAGUCGAUGUAGCCUGUUCACACAUUAAAAUACAAUCAGGAGGAUUAGUUUCUGCACUGAAAGCAUGCAAGCUCCAACACUCUCAUUUUAAUCAAUUAAUCAUAAUGGGUAUUAAAAGUUAAAACAGGUCGCAUUACACUCUGGCAGCUCAGUUCUUUGUUUUGUUUCUGAUCGCAGGCCACCAUGUGUUGGAGUAGCUGGAAAGAAAGCCAAAAGUGGUCUUAAGAUUGCGAAAAAUGAGGAGCAGGAGACAAUAACUUACGAAACUGAGAGGUUAACAGCUGGAAUUUGUUCUGUGUUUUGGGAGUUUUAUCAUAAAGUUAGUUCAGUGCCUUCUAUGUUCAAUAUCCAGCCAGCCUUUGAGCCUACUCUGUUUCACUUUGUCUGUGGAGUUUUUUAAGAUUUCCAUCAGUUUUCUUUUCAUUGUGGAGAAGGCUUAUCAAACUUCCUAGUGCACAAGUCAACACAAUCAAAUUGCAUGUUGUAAGCAGUCUAAAUAUGAAGAGAUUCAGCUGUACUGUCAUAGAAAACAUGCUUUUUUGACAGUCGGGAACCAGGAAAUUAUUGUUUUAAGAUUACUUCUGCUUGAAAUAUUUUUGAAAUGACUAUCACAAUUGUUUAUUGAUCUGUUAAACUGUGAAUAUAUUGAAAACUGUUGACUUCUCCAAGUUUGGAAUACCUGCCGGCCAAGGUGUGGGACCCCUCGAUUCCAUGUUUGGAAAUAAUUUUGUGUGCCAUGUGUGAAAGUUUGUUUGCAAAUAUGCAACACUGGUGUGCAAUGUUUGAAUAAACCUAAAAAAAGUAGGUGCUAAAUUUUGUGAAAUGUUUUUUUUUUAUUAUGCCCUGUACUUAAGAUGUAGGUAGAAUGACUGUGAAAUCUUACAUGCAGAUGUCAUGGAACUGAGGGCCACCAAGAUGAUUUUGUUGCAUUCUUGCAGUUUCGCUUUGUCAAAAUCCAGUUGUAAUGGUUUUAAAGUAUUCCUACAUCUUAAGUAUUCCAAAACACAGUGAUUAAGGCAAAACAAAUAAGGUUGAAAGUGAUAACAGGUAUGUUUCUGUGCUUUUUGGCAGUAUAAUGAAUACACUAUCAGCAGUCUUCAUCAUACACUUAACCUCUCUGUAACAAAAAAAUCAUAAACACACUAAGUAAAAAGUGGACAUACAGUGAGCAAUUAUGGUCAUGCAGAGUGUUUGAUUUAUGAACCGUAUAGCUCUGUGCGUUGUGUUCUGUUGUUUCAUAAGGCUUUUCGAAGGAUACAUCUCAAUCAUCGAAUAACUCAUUAUUGUCUUAUUCAAUGCACACAUAUGUUUACAGGUCCAGUCAAAGAAAAAGACAGUUAAGGAUGCAGGAGCCCAACAAUGGAUUUCUCCUUCUCUUUCAUGCAAGGGAUCAUGGGAAAUACAAUUCAGCAACCCCCUCAGCUCAUUGACUCAGCCAACAUCAGACAGGAAGGCACCUGCGACACCGGUAGUGACCCGGGCGAGGAUGGUGGACCCUCCUAUGAUGCUGCCCUUGAUGCAGAGUUUAAUUAUCCGCCGUCGGCCUCGGAGGACAUGUCACAGGUCUCCAACGGGUACCCACCGGGGCUGGGCAUGUACGAGCCGCAGGCGAAGUUCUCCAUGUACUCGCAGUUCCCCAACGGCUCAGCCAAUGGCUACGGGGCAAUACGGAGCUAUGCAGAGCAUGGGCUCUUGCCAGGGGAGGCGACAGUCCUGAGAGGCCCAGGCCUCCAGGAGAGACCUUUGUCUCCUGUGUCCCCCCCUCUACCCACACAUCACCCACACCUCCACCACCAUCACCAUCACCCUCAUCACCACCAUCACACGCACCACUUCCACUCCAACCCACCCCACAUACAAACCCACUCGCACCCACAAAGUCCUCCUCCUCCACCGCUGCCCCCCCAGCACCACCUUUCCCAGACGCCUCACAUCAUGACCCACACACUCCCCCCUCCUCCUCCAUUGCACCUGCCAUCCUCCAGUCCUCCCCCCUCACUUGUGGACAGUACCCCCUCCUCUCAGCCCUCCCACGCUCCGUCCAUUACCCCAGGUGGGGUACUUAAGAAAACCAGCUCCCCGGAGAUCAAGUUGAAGAUAAUUAAGACGUAUCAGAAUGGAAAAGAGCUGUUUGAAUCUGCACUGUGUGGAGACCUGCUGCAAGAACUGCAGGUAUGCAUCCACCACCUAGUCCAUAACACACUUACAUAACAUGAACACACACGUUUCUUUACUGUCAUUUCAGACACCAUGGUAAUUUUCAUGCUCUUUAAAAUUUUCAACUCCACCGUGCUUUUUGCUUUUGAGCAGAAUAAAUAUUUUCUUUAAUCACAUUGCCAGUAUAAUGUUGUAUAGAAAUCUAAAUUCUAGUAAUGAAAUUGGUCUUAGCUCUAAUAAGAGGGUUAGCACUUAUUUAAUUUCAAUGUUUAAUGGAUUUUUUUGUUUUUGGUUAUAAUCAAAACAGGGAAAGAAAAAGGUCAAGUUUGGUUCUGAGCUCUUCUUAUCUUACUUUUAGAUAUUUUCUGAUUAUAAUACACUUACAAGUAGAUAAAUUUUACAUAAAAUAAAAUCGAGAAAUUUCAGUAUAGAUUACUGUAAAGUUCUGGUCAAGUAUUAGAUAUCAAAUUAUUUCAGGGCUCUCUCUCAUGUUGUCAUAAGUUAUCAUAUGGUUUUGUUUGGGCUUUUUUAUAGCUUGAAUGUAAAUCUCUUGUUUUUAUAUAUUUCAAACUUGAUUUAAGUAAUUCAUGUUUUAAUCAUGUCUGCAAAUCAGCAAAGAUAUACCCAAGGGAUAUCUUUAAUUCAUCAUGAAUUUUAGAAAAAAAUGGCUUCUGACUAAAGUUGCACCAUUUUCAAGGGACUGCAUUUUCUGACCUUUUUGUUUCAUUCGUAGUGAAGUAUUUAAUACCAGUUUUUAAAAAUAAUUAGACAGUGCAACAUAGACUUUAAGUUCAAUCACCAGAUGAACUUACAACUGAAUCCUGUUUGACAUUGAAAAUUUGGCGCACACUUUUUCUCUCUAACUUGUCCUUUUCCUACCAAAGACUGCAGAAUAAUUAAAGCUGCUGAUUACAAAUGUUGUGAGAUCAAGGCGAUGUUUAGUUUGAAGAUAAUCAUUUCCUGCUCCUAAACCAUGAAAAGAAAUCUUGAUAUUAUGAGGCAGGAAGAAGCAUUUUCCCUUGGAAGAGAAUGUUUUUGAAUACGGGUGUUAGUCUCCUGCUCUACAUACGAACAACAGCGUAUCUUACAUAAGAUUACAAGCUCUGUUUGCUUAACCACCGAAAAGAAUUAGAUCACACACUAAAAAGGACUAUUUUUCAUCCAAUUAAAAUUCAGAUUGAAUUGAAACGCUUUGAACCUCCUCCUUUACCUUUAAUCAUCUACUCAGCAGUGGUUAAGAGGUGAAUAUCUGAGGAAGUAUUGAAUUCAAAAGACAAAAGAUCCAUUUUGAGUUACUGUUAAAGAAAAAACAAAAAGACAAUAAGAGAAAAAAGGUUCAAUGCCUUUUUUUUUUUUCCUUCUUCAGAAGGAGUCUCAGAAGAAUGAGGCCGCUCAGAUGCAGCGCAGACACGAGAGGAAGAAGGAGAAGAGGAAAAAGAGUGCACGGCUGCAGCUGCAGGUCCAAGAACAGAAGCUGGACCAGAGCCAAACGCAGACAGGUACCACAGGGCAGACGGAGGACAUCCUCAUCCAGCCCCAGCCCACAGAAACACCAACAGUCCAGACAGAGAAGCCUCAGAAGACCGUCAUCAAAACUGAACCAAAGACGCCCAAGGCAAGAGCACGACUGUUCCUUUAUUUCAACCACAGUUUGAAUUCUCUGCACACGAAUAACUUCAGAUUGUAGUAAACACUGACUCAUUCAUGUCCAGGCUCCCAAGGUCCAUCAUCCAUCAGUGAUUCAGGAGACGGGCUUCUGCAAGGAGUUUGUGAUAGGAGAUCUGGUGUGGUCCAAGGUGGGCACGUACCCCUGGUGGCCCUGCAUGGUGUCCUCUGACCCACAGAUGAAGGUCCACACUCGCAUCAACACAAGAGGUACAAAGAUAUACAGAAAACCAAUCAAACCAGGAACCUUUAAUCCCUAUUUUGUCUCUCACACAGUAACUGUUUCACUUUUUUUUCAAUGUAUGAUGUAUAGUGUGGUGAACAACAGUUUUGCAUCUCAUCUCAUUUAUCGCCCUACAUUUAAGAAGUCCUCAGGCCUACCCUGGAUCUCACUCUCUUUUGCGCCUCUCUGAUAGCAUGGGACAAAAAUAAGACUAGAAACUUGUCAUGGUACAAACACCGCCGCUAAUUUUCCUUUUGGUAUGGGUUUACAGGUCACAGGGAGUAUCAUGUCCAGUUCUUUGGCAGUGUGGCUGAACGGGCGUGGAUCCAUGAGAAGAGGAUCGUCAUGUACCAGGGCAAGAAGCAGUUUGACGAACUUCAGGCUGAGACGCUACGCAAGACCACAAAUCCUGUCGAGAAAAGCAAAGUAUGCACAGAUGUUCUCACAGAUUCCGAUCUAAUUUAAGAUUCUGUGCACCGUAUGUACAAUUAUCAACAAAUGACGGAAGGUUACUUGAAACUUUAAUUUUAUUUACAUGGACCAUACAAUUAUAUCAGUUGGCCACUUGGACAAAACACCACCUACACAGACGAAACACCACCCACACUCAACUACUCUCACAUCAGCUGGUGUUAAUUUUGAUAGCACAAUGGGAAACACAAUGGCAAGCUAACAGGCAGUGUCCUCUGAUGACAAGAACAUUAUUUUUUUGGCUAUGUGGGGAAUAUAAUCUGAAUGAUAAUCCACAGAAAAGGAUUUUGAAUGAAUGGAGAUAAAAGGUUGAUAUGUGAUAUGAUGCUUUUUGCAGUAUUAAGUCUUUCUCAUUUUUUAAAAAGCAUUAUAAGAGCUGUUUUGAAUACAUAGUGAAAGGUAAAUGUCAUCAUCAGGGCUCUCUAGUAUCAUGGGUUCUGCUUAUAGAUAAGAAGUUUCACCUUUUUGCUUGUGUUUUGAAAUAUUUUCCUUUCCAGCUCCUGAAGCCUAUCCCUCAACGGGAGCGUUCACAGUGGGAGGUGGGUGUGGGCCACGCAGAGGAUGCCUUCGUAAUGACGCGGCAGGAGCGAAUCGACAACUACACCUUCAUCUACGUUGACCCUGAGCCGGCUGAAGCCCCGCCCAGCAAGAAACCCAACAUCAGAGCUGAGAAACGAAGCCGGCGUUCCAGCGGCUCAGUCUCUAAGAGAGAAGACAGAGGAGUGAAGUCACCGGACAGAGAGCAGCCGCCACGUAGGCAGCUGCCACGCAGACAGUGUAGUGUUUCAAACACAGACGACAACACACACUCUCAGGCUUUUAAUGAAGAGAAAAACCAGAGGGGAGACCAGCGUAAGACCUGCUCCCCAAAGCAGAACUCUGGUUGUGAGGCUCGAACACAGCAGGACUCACCGCCUCCGGUCAGGGCCUGGAAAACAGCGGCUGCCAGAAAGCUGCUGCCUCUCUCCAUCACCAUGAAGAGGCUGAACGUGGAGAUCACCAAGUGCGACUGGCCACUUCUGCAGAAAAAAGCUGCCUCGUCCCCCAAAAAAGACAAAGAGGAGGAGAAGGAGGAGAGAGUGGAGCGAGAGGCCAGGCAGCCCGACCUGGGAUACUGCUCACCUGAGGUUUGUGUGACUUAAACAUGAUCGUUCACUCACAGAGUUAUCCUGUACACAUGCCUUAAAAGUUCAUGCUUUAAACAGGACAGGGCCAAACCCGAGCCAAGUCCUGAGGAAGAAGACGACGGGGAUGAAGGGGAGGAAGAGGGAGAAGAGAGGAGAGGCUCUCCUGCCAGUCGGAGGAGUGAGGAAGGAGGCAUGCAGCAGACGUCCUCUCCUGGAUCACACCACAGUAGUCCACACAGUGAGUGAAACCCAGACAUGUGGGCUUUGUUUCUCUCUUUAAUGAAUGUUUGAGGUGUAAAGUCUGAGAGAUGCAGCUCAAUACUUUUUUAUGUGCUUUCAGGUUCUCAGGAGAGGAAGCUGCAGCGGCGGUCAGUCAGGAGCAGGUCUGAGUCAGAGAGAGGCAGCGAUCCCAUUCCCAAGAAGAAAACCAAAAAAGAACAGGUAUUCAUUCUCACUAAGUAGACCCCCUGUCCUGGCAAAAUACCACAGAUACAUAUCACUGCGAAAAUCAUCACUGCGUCAUGGAGGAGUUACAGUAAUUUAAAUACGUGACCUAGUUCUUACAUACUUUAACUCACUUAAAACAUCAACUUUAAUCAAAACCAUCGCUGUAGUAACCUGAACUGUCAUGUGUAAUCUGCUCACAGGCUGAGAUGGCCCCUGAGACCACAAUGAGGACCGGCUCACAGAAAGGUAGGAGAUCCUUCUUUCAGCGUCACAUCUAUACCUUCAUACUUUGUGCUUCAAAAAAGGUGAACUUUUCCCAAUUUCUUGAUCUCCCAACUGGUCUUACAGGAGCGAGCGAGAUCUCAGAUGCCUGCAAACCUUUAAAGAAGCGAAGCAGAGCGUCAACAGAUGUAGAGAUGGCCUCUUCUCAGUACAGAGACACUUCUGAUUCAGACUCGAGAGGUCUCAAUGACCCACAGGUGGGAUUUUAAACACAUAGAAGCUAAUGCACAUAUGGUUCUCUUGCAACAAAACAGAUCCAUCCUGCAAAAGCCAGAAUAUACACCCAGCACGCUUAUUUUGUUUACAUCAUAUUGUGCAAAAUUUUUAAGACAAGCUUUGAUGCAAUAUUUGUCUUCAUCAUAUUUUGCCUUUUUGAGUGUCCUCUGAGCUGAACUGAAUUUUUGCCAAAGAAGAAAAGUAAAAACAUCGCAGAAAGUUCUUGGAACUUUGCUGGAAUCUUGACGCACUAUUUGAUCAUAAAAAUAACUUUUUUUUUUUUUUUUUUUGCUGAAUCGAGUAAUUCUCAACUCAACUCAACUUUAUUUGUAAAGCACUUUAAAACAACCACAGCUGAACAAAGUGCUGUACAUAAAUAGACAAAACAACGCAGACGUAAAAAAACAACCGACAAGAUAAAAGCAGAAUCAAAAAGUAAAAUAUAGUUUCAAUGUAAUGUAAUACUUUAGAGGACUGCAAGUUGGGAACAAAUCCUCACACAAAAUCUUCUCCUUCUGUCUCUCAGGGGUUGUUCGGGAAAAGUCUCGAUAGUCCAGCAGCAGCAGACGCGGACGCCUCAGACACUCAGUCUGUGGACUCUGGUCUGUCCCGUCAAGACGGCAGUACCGGCAAGAGAGACACUGUCUGCCAGGUCAGCCCGGCGUCUCAUGACAGAAGUUUUACUCUCUGUCUCUGGUAUAAGCUGAUAUGAUGCUCUAACCAGCUUUCUCUGUGUGUUUUUGUGUUUAGAUCUGUGAAGCAUAUGGAGAGGGUUUAGUGGUGUGUGAAGGUGACUGCAGCAGACAGUUUCACUUGGACUGUCUCGGUCUCUCGUCUCUACCUGAAGGCAGAUACAUCUGCUCUGAAUGUAGAAAUGGUGAGUGAUACACAAGACGGGUUUACAUUCAGAUUCAGUAUGAUUCCUUCUCUUCUAACACGGACUCUGUCUCUCUUUUUUCACAGGCGAUCAUCCUUGUUUUAGCUGCAAAACAGCGGGCGGGGAGGUGACACGUUGCUCUGCGUCUGGAUGUGGUUGCUACUACCACGAAGACUGUGUUCGGAAACUUCCAGGGACCACCAGCAGUGCGGGCGGAGGCUUCUGCUGCCCUCAGCACAGCUGCUCUACCUGCUGCCUGGAGAGAGACCUGCAACGAACCAGUAAAGGUAAACCAAAAGUUCUGUCUGUUUUUCUGAUCCUCUGUGUGAGCCGGCAGAGGAAGUUUAGUGGCAGGAAGGCGGUGCAGCGUCAGCAAGUUAUGAGUAAAAGUAUGAAAGUGGAACUUCCUCUAGAGCUGAUAGUCAUGAUCAGAAGCCAAAGAAAAAAGGUCUAAAAAUUAAAAGGGGAAGGCUGAACGUCUCUGAAGAUUACAUGAAGACAAGUAUUUAACUUUUAUACAGACAACAGAAAAUGAGAACGAAGGCAUCAACAAAAGUGUGACUGUGCAGCAUUUUCUGCAGGACAUUGGAUGGCACAGUCACGCCCAGAGCAGUCAGUCCCACCUUACGGCUAAAUUCCACAGAAUAAGGAACGGCUGCACUCCGCUUCAGAACGGCAGCCUGAUCAAAUACCCAAGCAUUAUUAUUAUUGUGCGUGAUUCCACACAAUCCAUCCACCAUCCACCAUCCGGCUCUGCUGCGGAUCCGCUCCGGCGGUCAGAUUAGAUACGCAAGGCUUUUUUUUUUUUCCAGACACCGCAGCACAACGCAUUAAUUCAGUGCAGUGCAGCACAAGCGGCAGCGGAAGUUGUAUGCGGCUACAGAGUAAAAUAUCUGGUUAAUUUUCAAAAUAAAAUAAAGUCAUUACAUUGAACUGUUCUCGUUUAAUGUCUCACGGUGAAACAUGCAAGAUCUUGUGAGAUCUCGUUAAGUAUCGCGAGAAAUAUCGGUAAUAUUGCAAGCGCUUCUCCUUCACUUGCGGCAGCAGAUCAGAUCCGGUAGGUGCUGUAUGCUUGCGUUUUUGAUCCACCUGCCUUUCCGGAUCGGAGCGUAUCGGAUCUGCAUGCGGUGGAAUCCUGGCGUUAGACUUGUUUGAAAAUAUUGUCAUAUCUCUCUGACUUUAUUGAGAAGUUGGUGCAUCACCCUGCUGGAGCACGAAAAGGAGGGAGAAGUUCCAGAGUUUUCAGUGAACUUGUAGGUUUCUUUUACUUUCUCUCAGAUCUCCACAGGGUGUCAUCAUGAAUCAUAUUCCCCAGCCUUCCACAUUUAUCUUUUGUGUCCUUGGCCCAGCAGUGGCCCAAACAUCAAGAGUGAGCGUUCAAUGUCAAACAGUAUUUAGGACGAAGAUAAAAGAAAUCUUGAUUCUCUCAGCAGCCCAGAGAACAAAGUUGUCUUAUUUUUCCCUCCUGAUUUCCUUUAAUUACAGCUGGAAACCAUAAAGGAAUCUGACCUAAUUCAUUAUAAAACUCUGCAAUGACAGGGAGCUCUGUGUGUGUGCUGUUCUCUAUCACAGUUACAUGACUCAUGUGAUGGAGUGAGCAGCUCCUCAAAACUUGUUAAGUUACCACUGGGUGUAAAAGGUCAGAGGGUUUUUCUUUUUCCGAAUCUCUCUUUUUUUUCUCUCUUCAGGUCGUCUGAUGCGUUGUAUCCGCUGUCCGGUGGCCUAUCACACAGGAGACAGCUGUGUGGCCGCAGGCAGCGUCGUCCUCACCCACCACAUCAUGAUCUGCAGCAGUCAUGGCAGCACUAAGAAGAACGGCCUCCUCAGCUCCCCUGUCAACGUGGGCUGGUGCUUCCUGUGUGCUCGAGGUGAGUUCUCACUGUGAUAACACUCAUUCUCUUCCUGCAGUGAGGAAGUUUUUUGGACCACACCACACUUCGGCCUCUACUGGCUGAUUUCAAACCACCAGGUCUUGUUUUCACCCACACACACACACGUACACUUCAUACUUCAUACUUUUUUCCCCCUUUUGAAGUGGAAUCAUUUCCUCAGCAGAAACUGAAAUCUCAUGCUCUUUUUCUGCAAAGAUCACAUUUGUAUAUCAUUUUUAAUUUAACAUGUUUCAUAUUAAGUGUAUUUGUUCAUGGACACUGGUGCUAUUAAAUCAAAUGUUUUAUCCAUCAGAAUACAUAUCCUAGAAAUGAUUGAGUGUUACUCUGCACUCCACUGAAGAGAAUCCUGGAUGGGUGUCACUUAUAUUUUAUUUUGUUGACAAGUUUAGAUCAAAUGUUUUGCCUGUUUUAGAAAAAGUGCCCAUUUCGGCCUCCUUGUGUUGGGACAGACUUUGUUUUACUUGUUUCUUCUGUGUGUGUGGAUAUGUGUGAGAGAGAGAGACAGGGUGCAUGUGUUUGUUUUUUCUCUUUUUGUGCAUUUUUGGGUAAUUUUUCGAGUUUGACUGCGGCUCACCCCCGUCUCUUCCUGUGUGUCUUGUGUAGGGCUGUUAGUGCAAGACCUUACUGACACCAUAUUAAGUUCAUAUGCCUAUAAGUCCCACUACCUUCUGACUGAGUCAAAUCGUGCUGAGUUGAAAUUACCUAUGAUUCCCUCUCCUUCGUCAGCUACCAAAAAGAAUGUUGGGAAAGGUAACUGAACAGUUUUUCUCUUUCUCCUUUGUCCCACUGGUCUGUGUUUGUGUUGUGCCUGCUCCCUUUUUUGUAUUAUUUUCCCCUUUUUUUUUGUUGACGCAUCUAUCAUUUCAAAGCCUUGAGGUGCAAUGUUAAUUAACUGGUUCAACCUGCAGUUAAUUCUAAUGCAGAGUGGCGCAAAGUAACACCAGCAAAGUUCCCUAACUCAUUAACAGAAAACAUUGGGCCUCAUGCAAAAACAGCUCUGAAGUAUCCCACAGUGUCUCGAAGUGACGGGCGUUGGAGUAGUCAGAUUUGCCAAACUGAACCUGCUGUUUUGCAGAGAUUUUUGACAUGUUACAGCAGCAAAGCAACAGGUAUGAUCAGCAGAGUAAAUUCAGUCUGUCUCCAUCAGUUGUAGUAUUUUGAUACCAGCUUGUGUCACGAUGUGGGUAACCCAUUCUUUAAAGGUUACAAAAGAUUUUCUGUUUGUAUCUCCAGCUGUUGCUGCUGUUGAUCUUAUGUCAAAAAAAAGCGAAUCUCAACUCUCCUUCACCUCUUAAAUUCACCACAAUAAAUUGACAGUGAGCCUCUAAAACGACUCUCUGAACCACUUAUGAAGAAAUCAGUUUGUGCCUGUGUUUUUUGCCUGAGGCCCAUUGUCAGUCUGGAUUCAGGAUGUCUUAAAGAUGCAGUCUGGGUAUUUAUCGCCGUAGUAAACAAGACAAAAAUGUUCUUUUGAAUUUAAACUUGUAAAGAUGAAUCUGUGGGAAAUAUGAUUGGUAGUCAGUCAUCCCUCCAGCACCUAAACGUCAGUGCGAUGCCCUGAUGCAGGAUGCUCUGGAUUAGAUCAGGUUCUGUCGGUGGUUUGUGGAUCUUUUCGCUGUUGGAGGCGCACUGCUUCUCUGCUUCAGCACUCCGGGCUUGUUUUUGUUUUAUUUGAAAGGCUUUGUCCAGCCUCACUUUUUUAAAUGCUGACCGCAACUUCUUUUUUUUUUUUGACUGAAAAUUUUCAGAUGAAAUUAAUUUUUGCCUCGCUUUAUUCAUUUAUUUUUUGCUUUGACCUGCCUUGAAUGGAAUACAAUCUUAAUUAAGACCAGAUUCGGGCAAAUUUGAGUUUUGAAGCCCAAAAAAAUGGGAAACAACUUUUAAAGUCGUGACAUUUUAUUAAAGGAAGAAGAAAAAAUCAAUCAUCCAAAAUAAUGAUUCCAUCCAAGCUGGUCUGUGCAGGAUGCAGUAUGUGUCAUGAGAAAAGUUUGCCCUACCCGGCAGGACUGCAUGCCUGCUUUUUGCCAAUAAUUUGUUAUCUGAAUAUAAUCCUGAUUCCUUGUUAACCUGCUGGCUGAUUUUAAUCCCGUGCUGCUGCAUGUAUUUCCCCUAGACUGGUCUGGGUGCAGGGCUCUGAAUCUGAUUGCCAGACAUGCUGUUGCUGCAAUAAAAAAAUGAAAACAAAAAACUGACCUGGGACAUCUAAGCUGGGGUUUCCAAACCUUUUCAGGUCCUGGUAAUGGAGCAUUGCAGCAGCUUUCACUCAAGUAUAAAAGCUCCUGGCCUAACUUUAAAGUUAAUACCCAGAUAUAAUUAUCAAAGUUGUUUUCAAGGGCACUGUUUAUACAUUACACGAAGUGCUGAAAAAAAAAAAAAAACACGUCUUGAUGCUCUAAUUGUAGGUUCUUUAAGUUCUUCUUACUUGUGUUUGGCUUGUCUGCAAAUGAGAUUCAGAGUUUGUCCAGGUUUUAAGGUGCAUCACCUAAUUAUACACUCCUCCUCUCUUUGCAUACCAAUUUCUCAACGCAUGCACACACACCUAUUCACAAACAAACACACACACACACACACACACACACAAACACACACAUACACACACACACAUACGCACAUCCAUACAAAUGUAGGAGGCAAGUUGCUGUGCUGCGACUCCUGCCCGGCGUCCUUCCACCCGGAGUGUCUGGAGAUGGAGAUGCCGGAGGGGGCGUGGUCCUGCAGCGACUGCAGGGCAGGGAAGAAGCCUCACUACAAACAAAUUGUCUGGGUCAAACUGGGAAACUACAGGUACGCAGUGAAUGCUAGUUUGAAUGUGCAACUGUUAGUUUAUGGUGUGGUUACAUAAAAUUAAAUCUGAUUAUUUUUUUAUUUUACCCCCUAACCAUCUGCUGGAAUGUAGCUAGAUUAUAGUCUGUUAUUCUUGACAUUAUUUAUGCUACAGUAACAUAUGUCAAACAUGAGUUCAAUAAUCACAAACUCUUCAGGCUUUAAUAUCAGCAGAGAGCUUUAUCAGAUCCUUUAUCACAGACGUGAAUUCAAGACAGUAAAUAUGAGUAAAGCUGAUUCAGGUGUGACAUUACUAUUAUCCACUCUACUCCACAUGCUUGGACAAAAUGUGUUUUGAUUUUGUUUCUGUCUUUCUCCCUCCUCAUUCCUCUCCUUUUUUCAUGUUCCUUUGCAGGUGGUGGCCAGCCGAGAUCUGCAACCCUCGCUUGGUGCCGUCAAACAUUCAGAGCCUUCGCCACGACAUCGGCGACUUCCCCGUCUUCUUCUUCGGCUCCCACGACUACUACUGGAUCAACCAGGGCCGUGUCUUUCCAUACGUAGAGAACGAUAAGAACUUUGUUACGGGUCAAAUCAACAUCAACAAAACCUUCAAGAAAGGUAAUUUUCUGUGCGAAAUCUCCUCCAUAUUAAAGAGCAAAUCAGUUGUAGAUAGAAGGAUGAACUUGUGACAUUUUUUGGGGGUGUUUUCAGCUCUGGAAGAAGCAGCUCGGCGGUUUCAGGAGCUCAAGGCACAGAGGGAGAGCAGGGAAGCUUUAGAGCAAGAACGCAACUCACGCAAACCUCCACCAUAUAAAUUCAUCAAGGUAAUUUAAACUUUUGAUAUCUCACCUUAAAUAUAACUCUUGAUAGUUAAGUAGAGUCUGACUAGUCUCAGAGUUUUGACGCAUUGCCUUUUCUCUAUCAGUCCAACAAACCAGUAGGGAAAGUCCAGAUGCAUGUGGCUGACCUGUCAGAAAUCCCACGAUGCAACUGCAGACCCUCAGAUGAGCACCCCUGCGGUCUCCAUUCCCAGUGUUUGAACCGUAUGCUGCAGUACGAGUGUCAUCCACAGGUCUGUGUGCUUUUUCCAGCUAUUUCUUAGUGUUUGUAACAAAACGGGUGAAACAACUCUAACUUUUAACCUUAUUUGUGUUUUUUUUUUUUUUUUUUUCAGGUUUGUCCUGCAGGAGACAGCUGUGAGAAUCAGUGUUUCUCCAAGCGGCUGUAUGCAGAGACAGAGGUGAUCAAGACAGACGGCCGUGGCUGGGGCCUCAGGGCUAACCAGGCUCUGAGGAAGGUGGGUUUCAAUGUCAUCCAUAACAACAUCAGAAGCUGCAUUUCCAUUACAUUUUUUCACAAAAUAAAAGCGAUGUUUAUCAAAUUUCGACAAAGUUCAAUUGCGAUUUGCGGGUGUUUCCAUUGAAUGGUGCUCAGUGCAUAAGCAAGCCGUCUGCCUCUCGCGAGCCGUGUUUGAAUGGCCGUUGCCUAGCAACGAGGUAAACUUUCUGCCCGUGCGACCUCGUAUUUCUUAAGCCUUUUUGCACACCAACAUGGACGAGACACAAAACAUUUUGCGUUUUGGAGCAGCUAUUUCUGUGACCAUUACUGCUGUUACCGCUGCUGUCACCAGAAGACGAAGGCAGCGGGUGAUAAUUCAAAGGCAAAGCCCGUAUGUAUGGGAGUGGACACGGAUGAGGGAUUUCUGGGAGAGGAUCGUUAAUGAGGAAUUCACAGACGAAUUGUGGAUUCAAAACUAAAGAAAAAUACGAAUACAAUUCAAAACCUCAGAAAUAACUCCAUCUCCUCCCCCGUCCACACAUACCGCACCAUCUUCACUUGAAAUGAACUGGUCACAUGACCCGCUACGUCACGUCCGGUGACAGAGAAUUGCGAGAAAAGUGUUGCCAUUACACUUUUGCGAUAUACUUCUAUAUCGACACGUCUGAAAAACCACCUCAUGAGAGCGUAAAAACUUUUUUGCGAUAUUUGAGAGGUUUUUUGAAAUGUAGGUGUUUCCAUUACCAGUUUUCUAUUGCGAUAUUUAGGUUUUGCGCAAAUCUAUGGGUAAUGGAAACACAGCUAGUAUGUCAAGAUUUUUGUAGUCAUGACUUUGAAAAAUCAGCCGCUCUAGAUUGUUUCGACUUAGCUUCAGAGCUCUAAGAACAACAUGGUUUCUAAAUCUAUGUGAUGUUUGUUGCUGCCUCCAGGGUGACCUUGUGAUGGAGUAUGUGGGAGAAGUGAUCGACUCAGAGGAGUGCCAGCAGCGAAUCAAACGUGCCCAAGAAAAUCAUGUGACCAACUUCUACAUGCUCACACUCACAAAGGUAGCCUCCAGAAGUGAAAGAGAUGAACAGGAGUUCAGAGGGGAUUUAUAUCACAAGUGUUUCCUCUAAACCCUUUAUCCUGUUGUCUUUCUUUUCUCCACAGGAUCGAGUGAUCGAUGCCGGCCCGAAAGGAAACUCGGCUCGUUUCAUGAACCACAGCUGCAGCCCCAACUGUGAAACACAAAAGUGGACUGUUAACGGAGACGUUCGCAUUGGACUUUUUGCCCUUACAGAUAUUGAGGCCGGUGAGUUUACAUCGAAACAACAACAUCUGCUUACACAACCUUUUCUGCAUAUCCCUGUCCUCAGUGAAGUUUGAUAGCCCGCUUGAUUGCAUCCUUGUUCCUGAUGUUCUUUUAGACACAGAGCUGACGUUCAACUACAACCUCCACUGUGUGGGCAACAGGAGAACGUCCUGUCACUGUGGGUCAGACAACUGCUCGGGGUUCCUGGGGGUGCAGCCAACGGUGAGGACUUUUAUUCUACUUCUAAUACACAUAAAUCCAGUUCUAGACAAAGUUUAACUUUGGAACCGGUGUCUGAUUUUUCCCUCAGAGCGCUGUGGUGAUGGAGAAAGAGGAGAAGGCCAGGAAUGCAAAGCUGAAGCAGAAGAAGAGGAAGCUGCGGCCGGAGGGGAAACACACGCAUGAAUACUUCUGUUUUUGGUGCGGAAAGGGAGGGGAGCUGGUGAUGUGUGAUAGAAAAGACUGUCCUAAAGCGUACCACCUGCUGUGUCUCAACCUCACCAAGCCGCCAUAUGGUAAUAACAGAAAUGUGUUCAGACUUGCAUGUGUUUUCAGUUUAUUUAUUGUUUUUUAUGACACAAACAAAAUGUCUACUUCUGACCCUUGUUACUGACAAGAAUGAAUUGUCUUUGUGUAAUCAUGGGGGCACUUGAGAAUAAGACGUCCUCUCUGUCUCUGUGUGCAGGGCGGUGGGAGUGUCCGUGGCACGACUGCAGUGUUUGCAGCUCCCCAGCCUCGUCCCUUUGUGACUUCUGUCCUCGCUCUUUCUGUCGGGAUCAUGAGGCAGGGGCGCUCACCUCCUCCUCCCUCGAAGGCCGUCCCUGCUGCUCCAGUCACAAUCCUGCCGAUCCCCUGGGCUCCGACUCUGGCUCCACCCAGCGGCGCCGCUCCUCUCUGAGCCCUGUCAGGGGGAAAGAGGAGCCUGAGCAAGACCAGCCGGACACAGAGUGAUGCUGCAGCUCCCUCAAUACCUCAUUCCCUGUAAAGUGUACUCCUAUUGGUCUCCUCAGCCCAAAUCCACCUCUGAUCUGAAGCAGUGCGCUAAAAAAGGGAAUACAGUGCUUUUUACCAACGUGUUGGCCCCUGUUCAGAGACGGAACGAUGAACACCUUGGUGCUGUUUGUAGUGAGAGCAGAGCGAUGGAGUGAAGUGUCCAGGCUUCGUGCGCCAUUCUCCCUCCUCCUCUUGCCAUAAAACACCACUAACACUCUACAGCUCUGCUGAAGGCCCGGACGCCCACGUCAGUUUGUUCCUUUUUGUAUUUUUUACAGCUGUGGAAAUUUUAAGUGUUGUCACAUUGUCAGUAACCGGCACUUUGAAGAACUCAACGAGAUAAGUGGAGAGAAGAGGAAGGGAAGGAGGCGGGGAAGCUGAACCUCUCUGUCACCACCAUCAUCAUCAUCAUCAUCAUCAUGCUGCUCCUCUUGGUGUUUACCUGCUGUUUGCUGUGGUCAGCAUCACACACACACACACACACACACACACACACACACACACACACACACACACACACACACACACACACACACACUCUCACAGAAAGGCUGUACGACGAUGAGCCGACCGUUUUCUCCUCCUCCUCCUCCUCCACAGCAGAUCAUCACUCCUGACGUGGUCUGUCAUCGUAUUUAUCUCUUUGAGAGGAAAUGACCGUUUUAGUGCAAUUGUUUUUCAGGACCACACUACAUUCCAAUCUUCCCUAGACAUGGUUUUAAUAUUCUUAUGGGUAUAGACGAAUAUAAUUAUAUACAGUAUCUAUGUUUGUUAAUGUUUACAGACCGAUUCUCUCACUUCAUCUCAGUGAGUGGUGUAUUAUGUUUGUUUGUUUAGGUGUUUAAGCAUUACGCAGACCUCCUUGUGAAAAUAGUCCUAUUAAGGUGAAAUAUAAUGGUAUAUAGUGUAAUGGUAUGACAUUACAGAAGUACUUGUGAUUUUCAUAUUGCCAGUCUCACUCGCCAUUGUGUACAUAAUUGGCUCAUAAUAUUGUAAAGUACUUAAAGAUCAGGAGGGGCGUGGCCUCGUCGCCUCUGGUUGUUCCUGAAGAAGGAAAACGCUUUUUUAAUCAAGAAACAGAUCCUUUUUUAAUUUUCAUCUCUCUGUUCAGUUCUUUUUCUCAUGUUUCCUCUGAGCAGUUUUUUUGUUGUUUGUAUCGUAGACGAGAUGCUCAGCUAGUGAUCACUGGUGCUGUCUUUGAGUAUUGUUUAUCAGCCUUAAGUUGAGUUCUGUCUGGAGGGACUUCUGCCCACAUUCAGUCCAUUUUCAGUAACGUCGUGUACUGUGACCGCUUCGAUGCUUGAUUUUUUUUGUUUGUUUUCCUUUUCUUUGUUUUCUUUUGCCAAACUUUUUCUGAAAAGCACUUUUACACAGCUUGUCGCUCCACAUCUUAGCUUGGUCAUACAUUUACACAAAUGUAUAGUAAAAGAACAUAGGACAAGUGUUUCAAAAUGGAUACCUCUUCUUCUUGUAGUAACGUCGGAAUUUAAACUGUGUCGUAACUUUUUUCCUCAAGUUCAGAAACUUUGCUGGGCGUGGUUGAUGGUUUUUUUGAGGAAAGUGGCCUAAAUGCUGGGGUGUUUUUAUUUUCUUUUUUUAAUUUUUGGGCACAAGUAGGAUAGACUGCCAGCCCAGCUUGAUACAAACAAGUCCUGGAAAAGGGGCUUCUUCGUUUUCCACCUGAAGAACAUGCUAAAGGCUGGGCUUUUAUAUAAAGACGUAAUGGUUUAACAACAGUCCAGUUCAGUAUAAUGUAUAAAUACAAACUUCUGUACAGUGUUUUUAAAUCUCUCAUCUGUCAAAUCCAAAUUUUUUCUAUUUAUUGCACCACAUUUUAUACCAAUUUCUUUCUCAAACACCAGUGCAGUAAAUUGUCUCCCUGUCCACCACGGUGUAAGUGAAAUAGACUAUAAAAAAAAAACAAACACAGGGAGUUUUACGUGAUAUAUAUCUGUAUCUAGUCAUUGCAUAAGUUUUCGUUUUUGUACAUUUGGUGUGAUGAUUCCACAUUUGGUGACAGCUGCUGCUCAUCGCCCUGUAUUGUGACUCACUGUAAUUGGUGUUAAAAGCAGUGUGAAGCAGUUAAUUAUAGGAAUGUAAAGUUUCAGUUUCAGAGCCGUUUUAGUGCUUUUUUUAAACUCUGGACUCGAGUAAUCAUCACAGGGGGACGGGUUUCUAUUCAUCAUGCCGCAAUCUUUUGCUUGUAAAUCUACCCCAGUCAAAUUACUGUCUGUCCGUUUGUUUGUUUGUGUUUUCUGCCCUGAUUAAGCCCACCAUGGUGGAGUGUGUUAUAAGUCAAGCCACAGACUGAAACAGUGCCAAUACUUCCUCAUGAUUUCACUUCAUAUACGGUCUUUUUAAACACAAAGACUAAAGCUGCCAGUUUAUUUCACACAAGGAUUCAAGUGUGAUAAAAUAAUUCUGUUUAAAUCCAUCUUCCAGAGGGUUACAAUGUUCAGAUUGUGAUAAUUUAACUGUGAAACUAUUUCUGUGGAUGUUUGUUUUGGUGCUGAUGAUUUGUACUGUAUUAUUUUGACAAACUAUUGAUUUAUUCAGCUCCUUUGUAUUAAUAGGGCAAGCUAAUCAACAAAUCCCUCUGUUUCAUGCAUAAGAGCCCAUCAAUCUGCAUCCAUUAAAUCCCCCUUUCUUACAAUUUCAAUGAAAACUGAACCUUAUAACCUUCAUGAAUGGUGAAUUUACAGUCAGGACUGUUGUGAGGGGCUGCAUACUUUCUAUUUUCAGGUGUAUGUAAACAGGCAGCUGUUUAUAUAUAUAAUUAUUUUUUUUUAAGAGAGAAAAUAAAGGCAGAGAAGAGGUGGAGUCAUUGAAAGCAGAAAAGCGACAACCAACAGACAUAAUUUCAGAUUAAAAAUCAGCUGGAUUUUUGUGUGUGUCUAAAAAUGUUCUGGACAAAUCAAUAAGAGUGCAAAUCUGGUUCAUUUUCCAGUUUAUGUGCACAAUUCCCCCUCCUCUGUUUCUACACUGAAGGUUCAGACUGUCCACAUCACACCCAAAUAAUGAUAAUAAAAAAGGUUACAUUAUAAUAUGCACUUAAUCAGACAAGACCCUACAGCAUCAGGUGUUUUUGUAUGCAAAAUGCAUGUUUGCCCUCUUUUCUGCAGUUACCAGCUCCUUUUGUCUUUCCUUUCUGCGGUUACCAACUCUGACAGGAAGCUUUUUCUCCCCAUUAAUCCGCUGAUUCUCUUCGACAAAGACUGAAUCUGCCACAUUUGCCAAACUUUUCAUAUUCUGAGAUGCAUAUUUUUGCUCAUCCAAUCAAAGGACUUGAGCCACUUUAACACUUGUUUAGUAUCAGGGUAGGUGCAUCUUAAAGGCACUCUGACCUACUUAAAUGUCACUUACACACUCAAAAGGUCUGCGUGUCCAAACUUGAAUUUUCCUUUUAUUUAUUCAUUUAGUUUGUUUUUAAAAAAAAUGUUACAUACAUGACUUAUUAUCAGACUGCAGGCGUCUUUGACUCGUGUUUGUGGCUUCACAGAAAAAUUUUAGAUUGAUAAUUUUUCUCAUGAAAUUUGUCUUUAUUUUAUUUUUUUUUUGCUUUGAGGUGACUGAAACGCAUGCUUCCAACAUCAGACACUGGUUAUUGCCAUUUCUGUGCUCUGUUGGAGAGUCUUAAACUGCCUGAUUUAAAGCCAAUGUCUUGUUUUUGCUGUGUUUCUUUGACCGUUUUGCACAGAGAUUGUGCGAAACAGCCUUGAUGUUCUGUUUUCUGCACCAUCAGAACGCAUGAUCAUGCAUUACUUUGUGCCAGUUUUUGUCCUUUUCUGCCCGUGUCAGCAGCAGUAUUACGUACACUUCUUUUAAGUGUCCCUGAGUGCAUCAUUUUCUUCACCUAAAAAAAACUGAUGCGUAAGUCUUGUUAAUUUAUUGUCAUUUUAGUGCCCACAUUUGUUUACUUUGAAUGAGAGCAUGUUUAUUCUCAUUUAAGUGACCAUUGAGACACCUAAAGAGGUUUUCUAAAUGUCCAUGAAUUUACUUAUUCUAAAUACUUUUUGUAAACACUUAAAUUUGGGAUGGAUCACCACCUCCCCUUGUUCAUUUAAGGGUAUGUUUCAUUUUCACUGUGACGUCUUUGGUUUUUUUGUUGCCGACUUGUCAUUUCUCAAAGGAGAAAUAGUGUUGAAAUAAAGAGUUAAUUUCACCUCCGUGCGCACUCAUCAUCUCUUUUUUACUCGUAGUAAACUUACAGUAACUCUAACUGGGGUCAUAUCUAUCUCUCUUGGUGUUGCUUCAAUGAAAAAGUGGAUGAACACAAAAUACCAUGUUGAUUACUGUUCAACCUGUGUUACUGCAUACUGCAUAUUGUUGAAGAACCUGUAAAUAGUUUGCAUUGAACUUGCAUAGGAUCAUGUUACUGUGGCGUGCUCUUUUUGCCUGUACAAUUCUGCUUCUAAAUGUGUGUGACUGUUGAGACGACACUCUUUUUGUACAUGACUGUCUUUUUAUUUGAGAAUAUUGAUUCUGUCCUUUUUUCAUUCUAAAGUUGAGUUUGAAGAGUUCAGACAUGCCUGAAGUUUGACUUUAAUAAAGCUGUACUCUGUCUCAGUGAAAAGC